AUGCGGGAGAUUGACGCUCCUCAGAGUGGUUCGACCGCCAACCUGGCCAUCAAGCUAAAACCACCAUCAGCCAAUGCUCCAGCGGAUGCUCCAGCGAAGGUAGGGGCUGAGCACCAAACGUCAGCAGCCCCAGCCCCCCUAAUUUGCCGGAACGGCAGCUGCUCGCUGAUGUGCCGAUGCGUGGACGUCACCGUCGUCACAGCAGGCAGAGCUCUCCGGCGAUUCCUUGUUUUCUCUCUCUUACAUACACCUCAACCGAUCCAGACUCUGCGUGGCGAGAGGGCGUCGAUGGGCAUUGAGUCUUCUGCUUCUGCUGAUUUUAUUACUCUUGCUGCGUUCUAA